UGUCAGCUUUAACAAGGGGCAAUGGAUUUGAGUUGGGUCUCAAAGCAACAUGGAUACUUCGCAGAUAGGAAUGUUAUUAUUCAUCUUACUUCCACUGUGCAGAAGCCAAAUGGAAAAUUCUACAAGUGGGAAUGACAAUUCGAACUGCGACGGUCGAUGUUCCUUAGUCGGGGACUACGUCGGGUGCUACAACAUCGGCUGUCUGGACCAAGAUUACAACGUUACUUUCAAAGACAAGCGUAUGAACUCUCCAAAUACUUGCAGUAGAGCCUGCGAGGAAAGAGGGUUUGCCUUUGCCGCCAUUCUCUCCAUGGUAGAGUGCUCCUGCUCAUGUCCUCAUGGGGAACAAGGAUGUCUUGGCAAGUCCCUGGAAGACAGCCGAUGUGGUGUCCCCUGUAUUCGAAACCGGGACAGCUUCUGUGGAGGGUACAGAACCAUGUCUCUUUACAAAGUAAAAUCUGGUUUUUCAACAGUUCUUAUCAUCAACUCAGAAUCAAACAUCUAUAACAGAUGUUUGAUUUAA